AUGUCGGCCAUACUCAGGACAAGUAAUAAUAAUAUUAUUCAGACUUCUCCGGUGUCCACAACGUCGACUACGACAACAAGCUCAUCACCAUCAUCAUCAAAAGAGAAUGAUCCAAGUUUGGCCAAUCAGUUUAACAAUGUGAAGAGGGAGAAGAAGGACAAUCUAGGAAAUAAUAGUGGACCCAACAAACAACAACAGUCGACCCAGACAACUCCCGAGGAGGACAAGAAGAAUACCAAGAACCCCCAGGGCAACGAUAUUGGCGAGCAACAGAGUUCCCAGUUGUUCAGCUUUGAUGUCCAUGAGCAGGUGGGCAAGCCUCACAAGAUGACAAGGAAUCAUAAUAAUAACAACAAUCACCAACUUGCCACAUCGGCCCCCGCCGCCGCCUCCACGGGGUCCAUCAUUCAAACAUGUUCCCAGCCGCUAGAGUAUCAUCCUGUUGUGAUCAAUCAUACCACAGACGAUCAAUCGAUUUCCAACAGCAACCAGGAAUAUCAAUACUUUGGAGUAGUCGAUGGUGAUCCAUCUCUUGGAAAGAGUAGAGAUCUUGGAGCCGAGAACCGAGCAAAGAUAUACUUCCAAAAUCUUUGGUUUAUGAAGGCUGUCCAAGUGGAGAACACUCUAGGUAUCCAGUUGCCACUCAACCACAUUCAUCAUCCACAACAACAACCCGAUCCACUACAACUUCAACAUGCAAUGGCCUACCACCACUCCCUCCAACAACAACAACAACAACAACAUCCACAACAACUUGAUCAUCAGCAACAGCAACAACAACAACAACAAUAUUACUUCUACCCACAGUAUGGCUACCCAUUCAUGCCGCACACUGCCUACGGCUACUUCCCCACACAGCCCGCGAUGAACAACUGCAUGUCAUUCAUCACUGAAAAUCAAUCGACCAAUGUACACAUUGACAACGUCUACUUGAACGCCAUCGACUCACAGCCGGACGACCAGUUGACACUCAGUGGUGAUGUCUCGGUCAACACGUCGUCAGCUUCCGCCAUGUCCUCAGAGGAUCAUUAUUCCAGCUUCUCGUCCAUGGAUGGCGAGCUCUCUGAGACUCUGGCUGCCGCGUCUUCGUCACUGGCCAACUCGCAGCCCGACCAAGGAUCGUCCUCUACGUUGUUGCUGCCUCAAGUCCAUCUGAACCAACAACAGGAGGAGGGUGAUGAGCAGGGCUUGCUUGAAGAUGAUGUUGAGCACCAGAUCGUGAUUAAGCAAGACCAUGAGAGCGAACCAGUGAUCGAGGAGCAAGGGUCCGAGAACCUCCAUGACCUACAUGACCUGCAGCAACACGUCACAGUCGACCAUCAGUAUGGAUCGGCUGGUUGCGAGAAUACCAGCAUCGAUCUUCUGCGCGCCCAUUGCGAGCAGUAA